CUUUGAAAUCUUUAUCCGUUUCACUGUCUCUGUGCUGAAAAAUGGCGCUCACUGCUAUGCUGGGACACACUGAAUUUCCGAAACUCUCUACUUUCUUUAAUGGCGAAGCAUCACUUUCUUCUUCAAAUUCUCCUUCUUUUAUGGGUUCUCCUCUUAGCUUCUCACUUUCUACUACGUUUCCCGGAAACCAAUCAAUUUCCAGAAAACAAUUUGUGGUUUUUGCUGCAAAAAUGUCAAGGUUGGAGGAAGCCAUGAAAAUCAGGAGAGAACGUGACCUUCAGGUUGUGAAGAAGGACAGAAAAUAUCGUCCAUUAAGGCGUGGAAAAGUAUCGCCACGUCUACCUGUCCCCGAUGAUAUACUAAAGCCUCCUUAUGUAGGCUCAGAUAUACUUCCAGAGAUUACAAGUGAAUAUCAAAUUCAUGAUUCUGAAGGUAUAGCUAAAAUGAGGGCUGCAGGUGAGCUUGCAGCACGUGUCUUAAACUUUGCAGGAACUUUGGUUAGGCCUUCUGUGACAACUAAUGAAAUUGAUAAAGCAGUGCACCAAAUGAUAAUUGAUGCUGGUGCUUAUCCCUCACCCCUUGGAUAUGGUGGAUUUCCUAAAAGUGUAUGCACAUCAGUUAAUGAGUGUAUGUGCCAUGGGAUACCUGAUUCACGGCAGUUACAGAAUGGUGAUAUUAUCAACAUUGAUGUGACAGUCUACCUGAAUGGAUAUCAUGGAGACACAUCAAGGACAUAUUUAUGUGGGGAAGUCAGUGAUGCAAUGAAACACCUUGUUAAGGUAAGUGAAGAGUGCUUGGAGAAAGGAAUAGCCGUUUGCAAGGAUGGUGCUCCUUUUAAGAAAAUUGGAAAGAAAAUCAGCGAGCAUGCCGAAAAAUAUGGAUACAGCGUAGUGGAACGCUUUGUUGGGCACGGUGUUGGAACAGUGUUUCAUUCUGAGCCAUUAAUUUUUCAUCAUCGCAAUGAUGAAGGAGGUUGCAUGGUUGAAGGUCAAACAUUUACAAUUGAACCUAUUCUUACGAUGGGAAGCACUGAUUGCAUUGAAUGGCCAGACAAUUGGACAGCAGUUACAACCGAUGGCAGUCCGGCAGCACAGUUUGAGCAUACCCUUUUGAUAACUAAGACGGGAGUUGAAAUUUUAACUACAUGUUGAUGUGGAUUAUGCACAGGUAAGAAACUGAUUCUCUUGGGCAUAGAUUCAACGGUACAAUUUCUAUCAGCUAAUACGAAGUUAUUGCUACACAUCUAGUGAAAAACUCUGGAAACGCCAUAUUCAGAGAUCCUUGCUGAGAAAGCAAAAAUGUUAAUAGAAAAAACUGUAAAAGAAUGUUGUAUUGUAUUGUAGAUUAUCUUUUGCGAGGAUUUGAUUCUUAGCAAGUAAUUUCUGUUAGAUAGUAAAGUAAGAGACGUCAACCAUUGAUUAGAAAAACAUUGGAGUACAUGUUAAUAAAUUUAUUAUAUAUUUACAUGCAAUAUUAGAAAAGUCAAAUUCAUUUUUAUGAA